AUGGCGGAUCGCCCAGAGAAGCUUUUCGUUGGGGGCCUCAACCUCAAAACCGACGAGAAAACCCUCAAGGCUGCGUUUGUCAAGUAUGGCCGCAUCAACAACUUGUUCCUGAUGAAAGACCGAGAAACCAACAAAUCGAGGGGCUUCGCGUUUGUCACCUUCGAAAGCCCUGCCGAUGCCAAGGCCGCCGCCAGAGAUCUGAAUGGCAAGUACCUUGAUGGUAAGGCCAUCAAGGUGGCCCAGGCCAUCAAACCAGCAUUCAAGAGCAGCUGGUGGGUGCCGCCGCCCCUGGGCAGCAGCAGUCGCUCGAGGUUCCCACACGGAACCCGUGGGUGUGGCAGCAGCCCAAAGCGACCCCACUCCUGGGGCGGGCCUGAUGACGGCCACGGCUACGCGGGGUUUUUUGACCAGUGGCCCUACAGGGCCCUGAUGCCCAGGAAGCGCGGGCCACCGCCACAGCGCCGGGCCAGCCCACUCCGCAAGAGGGCCGCACCGGCUGCGCCCCAGUGGAGCCUGGCUCGCAUUGGUGGCGGUGGAAUGCCUGGGAAGGCGCUGGCCAUGUGGGAGCAGGAGGGCUACUCAGGCUCACCACUCCGGGAGCCACUGCCCCCGUGCCGCCACCCCGGGGAUUUUAUCCCGGCGCUCAGAGAGUACAGCCGCCGCUAUUAUAGCCACUCCAGUGUCCGGGACUACUGUCCCUUGAGAGGCUAUGGCAAGCAAAACAGCUACAGGGGUGGCGACCGUGACUACGUGGAUCAUCCUAAGGGCUCCUACCGAGAGCCCCUCGAGAGCUAUGGAGGCCCGUGCCGUGCCACCCCUGGGCGGGGGACACCGCCAUCUUACGGAGGAGGAUACCGCUAUGAGGAGUACUGGGGCUGCUCGCCUGACGUCUACGGUGGGGGCCCCGACAGUUACAGCCGGGGCGAUCGCUUCUCGAGAGGUCGAGACCGGGUAGGCAGACCGGAUCGUGGGCUCCCUCUGCCCAUGGAAAGGAGCAGCCCUCCCCUGCAUGAUUCUUACAGCUGGUCCAGCUGCAGGGUGCCCAGGGGUGGAGGCCCCUUGGAGAGGGAAGGCUGGAGCAGAUACUAA